GACGGCUCAGUUCACAACUAACCCAUUUUCCAACAUGCAUAAGGGAUGAAGAGACCCUGGGUACUGCAAACAAUGAUUCUGAAAAAUCCCCUCCACUAAGUUGAGGUAGAUCUAUAAAUUCAUUCAAGAACUGUCAGACAAUAUGACCCUGCCCAAGAUUGCCUGUAUCGGUAUCAUUGGGAAAGCUGAUAACCCACUCCACGUAUCAUUGUUUCCGCCUUACUUGGAGUCCACUAUCGAGUUCUCUUUCAUAUUGAAUUCCUGCCUUGAUAUUUUCGAAAUUAGGCGCAAGCAAACAUCAAUUGAUCAAGAUUUCGGUCUUUUGCAAGCAGUGGACGAGAGACUGGCAGCUUAUGGAUGGCUUACGACUACGGGAGUCAAGAUUUUAGUAGUAGUUGACUUAGUCGGGCAGCCAAUAAACUCUGGAGAACCGAGAAUUUCCACGAGGACGAACUUAAGAGAAGCAGAUCUAAAAGCGGUCUUUCGAGCUCUUCAAACUGCGUACGUACAGUUGCUGCAGAAUCCCUUCUAUUCUCCGGAUGAGCAUGUGGCCGCAGGCAAACCAGUUUCGGCGUGCAAUUCGCAGAUUGCAGACCAGAGAUUCAUUAGUGAGGUCAAGCGAAUUGGGGACUUAUGGGCCCCAAGUGUAGCAUUCUAAAGAACUACAAGACUUAUUCGUCGUGAGAAAUGAUCUAGCGAUCUAGCAUCGAAAAGUCUCCAUCAUUUCAUUCAUGUCUUUUUAUAGUACUCUUAUAUUUACCCUCAUUCAAAGACUUGGAUAAAACGAGUCCAUACUGUAUCGAAGCAAGGUACUGGCUGAUGUAGUAGCACCUAAAUAGGCGCUUUUACCUCGCAAGGGACUGCUGGUGAUCAUUAAGGCAUCAAUUAAUGAUGCGCUACCUUUU